AUGGGGCGUCUCGGUGCCGCCUCGGGGCCACUUUCAGGUCAAGCGUUCACCAAGUCGGGCGAGGGUGGCUUUCUGAGCCAGGUUGGCCCGAGCGUCGUGAUCGAUUCCAUAGUGGCUCGAGGCAUCGUCAUCAAGAUGGUGCGUGAGUCCGUGCCGCUGGCGACGCACAGGAAAGUAGCGAAAGCCCACGAGGACGGGCCGGACGCCCUGGACCUGGCGGCGCUCGAGGCGGCAGCCCGGGGACAGGCGGCCGUGCUGGCGCACUGGGCGCCCGGCGAGGCUGCCGCGCCGCUGCCGCUGGCGCCUCGGCCGCCGGAGCGGCCGGGCAAGCGGCCAGGGCCCCUCGCCGAAGACGUUUUCGUGCACCUGAGGGUGAACGGUGCGGAUCGUACCGCGUACUUCGAGGAAGGACGGCUCGCCCUCCGGCGCGCGGGCCUCGGCGAGGUCGAGCCCGUCCAUGUCGCGUCGGGCCGCGGGCCUGCCGCGGCCGCGCGCCAGCGUCGCGCGCCAGCGGCGGUGCGGCCCCGAAGGGCGGCCAUCGCCCGCGGAGUGGGCGGCGCUGGGCUGGCGCCGCGGCCGCCCGCCGCGCCCCCGCCGCACCACCUCCUCACCGGCGACUCCCCGUCCGGCCCCAGCGCCGGGGCGGCGCGCGGGCGCGGGAAGGGAGGCGCUGCCGGCAAGGGCCUGGCGUCCUCGCCCGGCGACGGCCCGGGCCACGGGGCUCCCGCGGGCCCGCGGCCGGGCCGCGGCAGAGGAGCGCUGGCGGCCCCAGUUCCGCGGAGACCCCACGCGGCCGCGGCUUUCAAUGGCGCGGCCGCGAAAGGUGGCUGCGGCAGGGGGCCCGGCCAGGGACAGGGGCCGCUGGGGGUGUCGAUGUUGCUGCCCAUCGUGGAGGCGAAGUUGCGAGAGAUGCGCGAGAGGUGCAAGGCCGCCGCCUUCCCGGGGGCGGGCCACUGGCGCCAGAUCCAGUGGUCUGGUGAACAGUUCACCACCCAUGAGGUAAAGGAUGCUACACUUGCCCGCGCAGUGACGAGAGGCCCGCUCAGGUUCGCCGUUUUCGCCGAGGCAGGCUGGUUUGGCUUGGGCCAAGCCCUCCGCAGCGCCGCGCAAUGGCGGAGGGACGCGGGCGGAGACGGCGGGGAAGGGCGCGCCGAGCAGCGGUCGGAGACCGACCGGGUGUGA